AUGAAGAACGGCGAGAGAGCGGAAAAACAAGUGCCGCCGGACGGAGCUGCACGGCGACUUGUCGUAAACAAAAUGCAACGAACGCCGGCGGCUGUAGUCCCUGCAGCUGACGUCGCGAUGAUCACGAUGAUGCAUCGCCGUUUUGCCCUCGGUGAUGAUGGACAGAUACGGGGACAUAUUGUUAUAAAGUCUUCAACGUGAAUGCUACUUUUCAAAAAAUGAUGUGUAAAGCAAAAAUGCAACUUUGGAGAAUGAAACAAAAAAUUUCACAUGUUGCUUUCUAAAAGAUUUCAAAAGUCUUCUAAAAAUUUGCUUGCUUUUUUUUAAAUCUAGUUACUCUUUCGAUUACUUUAGCUGUAACCUUUUCAAACAAAUAGAAAGGCAUCAAAAACAAAAAUAUACAUAGCAAGACAAAGUACAACAAGAAAAAUUAAACCGCAUCUUUAAAACUAGUUCUUACACAAUAUGACGCGAAAUGAAAUUGAAGGGUUUUCUUAAUCUUUUGUCUGACGAUUACUCAAUCUAGUUACCUGUUUCGCAGCAUGUGGUUUGAUUUCUUUGAAGAAGGCAUGAAAACUUAUGAAAGAUAGGAUUUUGCGCUGAAAAGCAUUCAGGCUUGCGCGAGGCCCGGCCCGUCAACCUCUCGGCCCCCCGGCCACUUUCCAAGCCCGGCCCGGCCCGGCCCUAG